CCAAUCAGGCACACUGCCAGCCCGACUUCACGACCACAGUCCAUCGAUGGUGACAUUGACGCACUUUGGCUCGCACGACUCACCGUCCUAAGCGGAUCCAGAUAUCGAACACGGCUGCGCUGCUGAGCGAAGUGGCAGAUGCUAGGCAGUCGAGCAUAUGGUUUGGCGCGCACAUUGACCGCGCCCAGCUCAGCCUCCUCGAGAUUUCCUCGCUGCGAACAGCAUACAGCUCGCAAGCCUGCUCCGGUCUUCUCGGCAGAUUUUGAAGCACCUUGCUACGAAGAUACUUCUGGCAUGCCAAUGGCCAAAAAGGACUUACCUCAGUCGGUAAAGAGUCUCGACAUGGCUUCCACGAAGACCUCCUUCGGACCAAGGGGACCGCCAGGGGGAGCCUGUGAAAGUGGGAUCGUCAGUGUCGGGCCUCAUUUGUACUUCAAGGACACAGAGCAAAUUACUGGCUUCUCAGGCGUUCCAGAAGCCAUCCAGCUUUGUCGUCGUCCAGAGAAGAGUCACAACACCCCUCGGAUGAGCGGUGUAUUGUUGGAAUUGCGACUGUACAAGACAUGGGCCGAUCGUUCCACCAACCAGAAACACAAAUGCCCUGGUGGAGCCGGCCGAGUUACUGGAAUGGUUAGCUGAGGGUCAUGUAUGAGCCCGUUGUGGAGGAGUCCAGGCAGAUAUUGUAGUGGCCAUGGCUGCUUCCAGUAAAGCUGCUCAUUGCAAGGCACUGAAGUAGGACAUGAUGGCAGCUGGUCGAGGAGCAAGCCGACUCAAAACUUGGCAAUGGCCUGGAGAAUGCUAAAAUAAGUCCAUGCCAUCACGCAGAUU